GAUGGCUGUGCGCGCGGACCGGCGCCAUGGCGUCGCCCCCGCUGGCGGCCGGGAGCGGCGGCGAGGGGAGCUCGGACUCGGCGGGGCCGGAUCCGUCCGAUCGGCAGCUGUCCACCUUGUUCGAGCAGGCGGCCGAACGGCUGCCCGCCCUGCUGCCCAGCGCCAGCAAGGAACAGCUGCUGUACCUGUACGCUCGCUACAAGCAGGUGAAAUUUGGAACCUGUAACACUCCAAAGCCAAGUUUCUUUGAUUUUGAGGGGAAGCAGAAAUGGGAAGCUUGGAAAGCCCUGGGAGACACCAGUCCUCAUCAGGCUAUGCAGGAGUACGUUGCUACAGUGAAAAAACUGGACCCUAACUGGAAUCCACAGACGACAGAGAAGAGGGGGAAAGAAAGCAAAACUGCGUUUGGAGGCCCUGUUGUCAGCUCGUUGUAUCAAGAAGAAACAAUCAGGGAAGAGGACAAGAACAUUUUUGAUUACUGCAGAGAAAACAACAUUGACUACAUAACCAAGGCCAUUCAAUCGAAAAAAGUGGAUGUGAAUGUUGCAGAUGAGGAGGGCAGGGCUCUGCUCCACUGGGCAUGCGACAGAGGACACAAGGAGCUCGUUUCAGCACUGUUGCAGCACGCUGCCGACAUUAACAGCCAGUUCCUCAGUAAAGGCACAGGUCACUGUACGAAGAUUUCACACCUGUCGUCAGUAAGUUUUCCAGUCACCCCUGGGCCCUCAGGGCCUUGGGAAGGAAACUUGAGAACCACAGCUGGAAAUCAGCAGGUUGGGAAGUUUGUUGCCAGUAGGAGUGAGUUUUAUUUUGCUCGUUUGUACGCACCUGUAACUUCAUUGAAAGUCAUGAAGCAUCCCGCACUGUCUGCAGUGAGGGCUGGUUGCUCUCUCUCAUACCUGUGUGAAUGUUGCAUCUGUGUGCUGAACUAAUUCACACCAGGCAGCUCAGCUGCCUGAAGUCGAUUUUGUUUCCUUUAAGAGUAGCACAAGAAGUGUGGCUGCUCCCCCAGCCUAUCUUUUCUCCUAGUCCCCUGCCAAAAGCCCCAGCAGGCAGCAGCUCUCCAUCUGCAUACCAGCAUGCUUUUGAGUCAUAGGACUUCUGGAGCCUGGGAUGGGGAGUAGCAGUCCCCUCAUAAUACCUUCACGUCCUCAUUGGGGGGAAAAAAAAAAAUAAUCUUUUCAAAUAGAGACAAUACAAACAUAAUAAAUGGCAGGGAGGGUUCAUCUCCCUCAUGACUCAAUCCUUCUCAAACAACAUUAUUAUUGACUGGCCUAUUGGUUGCCAAAAAAGAAAAUCAAUUGUACUAGAGGUGGUUGCUGUGCCACAGAUCAUGGUACUAACCCAGCAGAGACAGGUUGAUUUUUAUCAACUGAGCCCAAAGACUAAUUUCCACCAUUAGCUAAAAAUGAAGUAGGAAUUACGGAUGUGUUGAAGAUUGCUAAGAUUGGUGGCCAGUUGGUUUUGUUUGCAAGGCCUUUGCGUUUUCCUGUCUGACUCUUGAAUGAUUGCAUGUAUAGAGUAAAAAGAAGCCAGAAAAAGUCUGCAUGUCACUGCCUGCUUGUUUUCUUUUUAACUGCAUUUAUUCAGAUUUCACAGCAAAAAGGGGAACUACAUCAGCAUUGGCCUCAUGUUGGAGGUGCAGUGCAGACAAAGCUGUAGCCAGCUAGCAUGCAUCCAUCCCUUCCAUGCCUAUUUCUCUGUAUCUGAGAGAGGUGUUGAGGAGAUCAGCAUAGGCAUCCUGGUGGUUCUUUGUCAAGAGACACAGGUCCCAGGCUGCACUUUCACAGCUUUCCACUCCCCAUGGAAUGUGUGCAUGCCUGUGUAGCCCACCAGCUUUCCUGCAAACCCAUCUGUGCAAAUGCACCUAUAGACAAAAUGCCAGCCAUCAAAAUACUCCACUGAUAGGACCAUUCUAACCUUGUCAAAAUAAAAAUACCCGAGCUGUGAGCACUUUCAUUUAAUGUCCCAAUAUAAAUUUCCCCCUAAAUAUGCUGAAAGCUUGGCUAAUAAAAGCAUGAGGACCCUCUCCUGGAUCUGCAGAUUGCUGCAGAGGUUUGGCAUAGUUAUGCUCCCAGCAAGCAAAUACUGCAGGUUCUGCUGACCUGACCAUUGCUGCAGUGGGAAGGCACAAUGGCAAACAGAUGAAGAAACUAAACAAAGAUGAAAGGCAAAGCAAUGGGUAAUGAGAGCAGAAUUAUUAACCACAAUAGUUUUCUUCUUUCCUUACAGCCCCCAGUCCCUAUCUCAAUAUUUCUGUAGUCAGCUUUGCCAAGGAGAUCUCAGAAGACUGCAAGCUUAUACCCCUUCAGUCUUGACAUUGUUGCCAAUGGGUGUGAAAUCCAUUAGCCAAAAGAAAGGAAAGAUCUGCUUAGUGACAGAGGGUAGCUUUCUACAUUAAAGCAUUGACAUGGUGCCAGUCACACAGUUAUUAGAAGUGGCACAGCUCCAUGUCUCUCCUGCAGGUCUCUCUGUGGAAUGUAGAUUGGCAGCAGGUUGAAUGUUAAAUGGUCACCACUCAGCAGAUGCUGAUUUUACCUACUGGGAGAAAAGUCCCUUUCAGCAGAAGCAUUUGCAAAAUAUUUGCUGCUCUAAAUAUAUGCUGAGGGAUGCAGAGACUUAUCCCUGGGUUGCUCUUCAGCUUCUGAAGACACCUCAGGUCUCAGCAGCACAAGCUGUGUGUUAUAAGGACAAGAAGAAGUUUCCUUCUGCCUGUGCAUGCCGAUUUUUUGUUGCAUUGUCUCUUCACAUCUUCCAGCUUGACAUGUACAGCCUUUGUUUCUUCUGCUCCCUGUAGACAUAUGAAUCAUUGCUUCACUGCUGGUGCAGCAAAGCAGUUGGCACCUCUGCUCAGGCAGCGCGUGCAGCACUGCCUGCAAAGCAGGCUGAGACAACUGAGUGCUUCUGUGUUAUUCGAGUGGUCAUUUCAGGACCCAUGCAGCCCUUUCAACCUCUCCAUGCAAAACAAGCAUUUGAAAAAGUGAAAUCCAAGAGCCAGUCCUGAAGAGCCAGCAGUAGCCCCCACUGUUACACCCUCAAAAUCUAAAGCUGCUCUCAGGGUAAUCAGAAUGCAGAGAUUAAAUCCAAGGACCGGGUUUCUGCGAGUCCCUGUGAGGUUGUGUGGCACAUGGGCAUCACCUUGUUCCUUCAUAGGGGCACGGCCAGCACUGGCAUGCUAUGGCUGCAACCUCUGGGAGCACCCACAGGGACAGGCAGCAGGAGCUGGCUGUUAGGUGCCAUGUCCAUGCAUGGCACUGUGUUGGCUGGCGUGCUGUGUUGCAGAGCUGGAAGAGAGGUCUUAUUCCUUACUGUGUCUGUCUUUGCAGAUGCAGGAGUCAGCCUUACCUCAAAUGCCUCCCUGGGAGGACGUGGGAUGGUCCCAAGCCCCUUUGUCCCAGGGUCAUCUUUGACAUAAGCACAUGUUUAAGUCCCUGUAAUUUGUGAAGGCAUUGUUGGAAAUGCUUUAGCCCCUCAUUAAGGUGUUUGGUUAGCUGCACAAACAGGAUACCACUAGCAACCAAGCUGGUUUUUCAGGUGGACGCAUCACAUUGGAAUGGUCUGCGGCCUUGCUUCAUUUCCUAUAUCCCAGGCAUUGGGCUGUAUUGGAGAAACAACCUUUGCCAAGCAACCAGCUACUCUUUGCUUAGGAGAGGUAGUUCCUGGAGCAUUUGCAUUCAGCUUUCCCUGUUCUGAAGGAGCUAAAUUCCACCAGUGACCUUCUUCCUAAGGACUUUUCAGUAUGAGAAAGUCUGAUCUUGCUUCCCAAUGGAAUUCUGUACUCAUACAUUGUCAGUUGUCUUUUCCUGUUUGGAAAACAAACACUGAGCUCAUUGUUGGGACAUCUUGAAUUUGCUGGCUUUGAUGCAAAGAACUUCUGCUAGUUUUUCUAAAAAAAGAUGGACUUUUUUCCAGUACUUUGAAUGCCAGGACAGUGAUUUUUUUUCUUCUUUUUUUUUUUUUUAAUAAAGAUUUUAAGUCAGAUUUUGACUAAUUCACUCAUACCUGUUGCUUGGCUUCGUGGGUUGUAAGUGACAAAACAGAACUCAGAAUGGCAAAGCUCAUUUAGGAGAUACCUAUCCCCUGAUUUUUAUAUUUCUUUUCCGCAGCAGCUGUCAGUGCAGGACUCCUUCUAGCUCAGUAGCAUGUCUCCAGCAGUAGGAAUAGUGAAUGCUAAGCAGACAGAACAGGGUAAGCAGAAGGGAUUUUUUAAUGUAUUUACCUGAAGUCUGCGGCUUGGAGGAUCCUGAAUCAAUUCCGGUUUUUCUAGAUUUUUCUUUGAUAAGUUUCUCUCCCACCCCUUUGGAUCCAAAUCUUCUAUGCCAGGUGUAGCGCUGUGGCUUAGCUGUGCAUUUGCUUCCACUUGCCACAAGUAUUUCACGUGAUAGCCCAUCAUUCUGGUGUCAUGAGAAACAGUAAUUGUUUCCCCAGUUGCCUUUUCUGUUCUGUUGUUGACUUCAUCAGCCUCCUCGAGCCCUCUUAAUCACAUUUUUCAGAUUGAGAAGUUUAAUAGUAAAUUACUCAUUUAGUUGUACCCCUCUUGGAAGCUGUCUAGUAACGUUACACCUCUGUAAUGCUAUAAUAUGGGAUGGAAAAUACCACGAUAAUAGCAGGGUGGCAAAGUCUUUGAGUACACCAAGUGAGAACAAGCCCAAGUGCAGCAGCCACAGAUGUAGACACAAAGGAAAAGAGCUGCUUACCUUCAGAAGGCCUCAGCUAAGCAGGAAUCUUCAAAGGGAAACACCCUCACCUCCACUGCCAACCCUUAAAUGAGGUCUGGGAAGAGGUGGAUCCUGGCUCCAGCCCUUCUGGUCACUUAGGUUCAUUGCAUACACCUGAGCUCACCUACGUUGGCCCUGCCUUCCACCAGGUGCUCAGUUGCUGCCUCAAGCUCUGACUCAGCAUUUCUGGUACAACCUCCUAGAAUUAUUUCUAGUUCUUCCAUAGAAUCAUUAAGGUUGGAAUAGGCCAGUGAGAUCAUCUAGUCCAACCAUCAGUUCAUCUGUGUUUUCUUUCAGAUGUUGCUCUCUCUGUUACCCAGCUGUAAGGGCAGUAUGAAAUUUCACAAAGCAAUGUAAUAGUGCUUUCUUACUCCUCCUCUUUCUAUUAGUGCCUUCUUUUUGUUUAUUAACUACCUGAACACAGAGCUGGUGGUACCAUAGACAGCCCGUACAAAUCCCUUGGAACGACCACUAGCAAUUGUGUGCGUUCAUCUUUUAUUCCUAUUCAGCCUUUACCCCUGCAAUCAGCUCAGCUUGGCUAGAAUUGAUCACCCUGUCCUAAGGAAGGUUUCUCACCAAAUGAAGGCCUGAGCACAGGUGAAGCUGGAAGGUGCUUUGAAGCUUUCUGCUGCAUUUGUUCUCGGGUCAGGACCUGGCUAUCUGCAAGCUGAGUUCCAAAGCUUGAGAAAUUGGUAAACUUCCAUCAUCUAAAUCUGUUUCUCCUGUUCCAGCCAAUUAAACAUUAAAAUGAGCGUGACAAAUAAGUGUUCAUUUCUGGGUCAAUAACUCCGUAGUAUGUCUGUGACAUGACUGGCUGAGACAAUCCAUUUCAGUACAGUCCUGAGCAACCUGACAUCUUCAAGUAUGUAAUUGCUUUUAUACAGAAAGAGAAGUAAUAAGGAUAAUGUAGCUAUCAGGCCUCGACUCACCAGUUCAAAAACUUCCCCUUGCCAAUCAAAUUUCUUUGAUAUUCAACCCGUUUUAGUCUCGUUCCAAAGGCAUUCUUGUGCUGUCAGAAAAUAUCCUAAUUGAUAGAUGCAUUUUCUCCAGUGUUAGAUGUUACCUCCUUGAAGAUGCUCAGCUUUGUCCACCAGCCAAUUAACCAUCUGUAGGAAGAGUGCUUAGCACACGCUUUGUGGCACUAGGCAGGGUUGCCUCGUCCCUCCCCGUUCCCCUUCCCCUAUUAUAUAUAUAUUUUCUCAGCACUAUUAGAUUAUUAAAUGCUUAAUGACUAUUCCAUUCCUGCUAACUAUACUUUUGAUGAGCUGCAGCAAUAAAACUUUGGAACGGCAAA